AUGAGUGCCCCUAAUUUCUGCUUCGCUCAUGCCGCCGGCGCGAGUGACCAGGAGCGCGAACAGGAGCGCGGAUACCAGCCGAAUCAGUGGCCCUGUCACCCAGACGACGAGCAGAGAAUUGCCGCGUUGCACGACUUUCAUCUGCUCGACACCGACUUUGAGGAGCCGUUCGAUCGGCUCGCCACGCUUGCGGCGCGCCACUUCGACGUGCCGAUUGCGCUCGUCUCGCUCGUGGACACGGACAGGCAGUGGUUCAAGGCGGCCGAAGGGCUCCCAGUGCGGCAGACCUGCCGCGACGCUGCGUUUUGCACCCACGCCAUCAUGCCCGGCGCGCCCACCAUCUUCGAGAUCAACGACGCCGCCGAGGACAAGAGGCUGCGCAGGUUUUGCGACAACCCGCUGGUCACUGGCGACCCGUGGAUCCGCUACUACGCGGGCCGGGCCCUCGUCUGCGACGGCCAGCCCAUCGGGACCCUCUGUCUCAUCGACCGCAAGCCGCGGCCGCCUCUCGACGACUCGCAGCGAAAAGAGCUCAUCAUGUUUGCCGACAUGGUGGUCGACCUGAGCCAGCUGUACAAGAAGACGGACGAGCUGCAGGCCAAGAACCGCGAGCUGUCCGACCUCGUCGACACGGCCAACGCGCCCAUCUUUGCCGUGGACCGCCACCUCGUCGUCACGGCCUGGAACCAAAAGGUAUCUGUGCCGGCAGAGGACUGGUGGCUUCACACGGUGCCAGGGGCGGCUCUUUACACGGGCCCGACUGCCGACUUCAUCAAGGGCGCCUCCAUCCGCUGCCUCGCUAGCGGCGCGCCCUCCGAACACGUCGACACGCUCGAGGUCUCGUUCCGUGCGCUGCAGAGGGCUGUCAACGGGGAGCGUGUCGAGUGCUUCGAGAUGAUGAUCCAGUCCAAGGUGUCCGCUGAGCCGCAGCUCAACGAGGACGGCCGGCCGAUCGGCGCCGUCUGCAUCGGCGAGGACGCGCGCAACUCCGGGACCCUGCUGCUGAACUUGAUCAACGACUUGCUCGACACGGCGCGGUUGCGGUCUGGUCAGCUCUCGCUGGAGCCGUGCCACUUCGAGCUGCUGCCGACGGUGCGGGAGUCGGUCGACGUGUUGCGCCAUCGCGCCAGCGAGAAGGGCCUGCGCUUCAUCUUCGAGAUGGACCCGGCGUUGGAGGGCGUGAGGGUCCUCCUCAACCUGCUGUGGAACGCCAUCAAGUUCACGGCGGCAGGCGAGGUGCGGCUCACCGCGAGCCAAGUCUCGCGGAGCGACGAGGCGUGCGGGGUGCGAAUCGAGGUCUCCGACACCGGCAUCGGCAUCGCCGGGGACAUGCAGGAGGCCGUCUUCGAGUGCUCGUCGCCUGGCAUCCCGGGCGCGGGCCUCGGCUUGUACAUUUCGCGCCAGCUCGUGGUCCUGCUCGGCGGCACGCUCGCCCUCUCCUCGGAGCUCGCCGUCGGCACCGCCGCCUCGCUCAACCUCACCCUGCGAGCCGGGCCGCCCCUCACUCGCUCUCGCUCGUGCCGCUGCACAGGUACGUCCGUCUCGCUCGAGCUCACGCUGCCGAUUGCGACGAGCGGCGAGGAGGAGCCGGCGCGGCCGCCGUCGGCGCGGAGCCCGCAGUCGCCGCUGCCCAGGUUUAGCGUGCUGCUGGUCGAGGACAACGACUUCAACGUCGAGGUGUGCAAGCAGCUGCUCGAGCACAUGGGCCAGCGCGUCUCGGUCGCGAUGGACGGGCGCGAUGCCGUGGGUGCUGUCGUCAGCUCGCUCGCCGACGGCGCACACGAGUUCGACGUGAUACUGAUGGACUGCGACAUGCCCGUCAUGAACGGCUUUGAGGCGACGGCCCAGAUCCGGAGGAUCGAGCGCGAGCAGAACGUCGCCAAGCCAGUCACCAUCUGGGCGCUCACCGCGCACGCGAUGAACUCGGUCAAGGCGCAGUGCCUCGAAUGCGGAAUGGACGCGUUCUUGACCAAGCCACUGAUGCUGCCGGUGUUGCGCGAGCGGCUCGAAUCACUCGCCUGAUGCUAGGAUAGAUGAACUUCGGCCCGGGUUGUUGUCUCUCUCGCAGCGCGCGCCUUUACAGUGUCUCGCGCGGCGCGCCGGAUCCUCGAGAGAGCCAUACCACCGUACAGCCAUGAGACGAGAUGUGUACGCGCGGAAGCGGAGACCAAACUUUAUAUCACAUGCGUUCGAUGUUGCGAAAUUUACGUAUUACGACCCUGGUCGGGAGAAA